GAACAUGAUCAAACCGAUCACCCGGCUUGAUUGCAAGGCAUGCAAUCUCUGUCACAUACCAGCUAGCAUAUCAACCGCACAGAUCCACAGAGAUCAGAAUUUUGUAUUUAGCCACACGAAUAGCAGUCAUAUUGUAUUUAAUGUUCGCCGCUACAGCGUAACUGCACUGUUGUCUAUAGAAAUAUAGAUCUACCACAUCGGAGUGACCAGGAUGGAGUGGCAGCCAGAUGAACAGGGUCUGCAGCAAGUGCUUCAGCUACUCAAGGACUCCCAGUCCCCAGACACAGCAACGCAGAGAGCUGUGCAAGAAAAACUGGAGCAGUUAAACCAGUUUCCAGAUUUCAACAACUAUCUCAUCUUUGUCCUCACAAGCCUCAAAUCCGAGGACGAGCCCACUCGCUCUCUGAGCGGUCUGAUACUGAAGAACAAUGUUAAGGCUCACUACCAGAACUUCCCUCCCAACGUGGCUGACUUCAUCAAACGAGAAUGCCUCAACAACAUCGGAGACCCUUCACCGCUCAUCAGAGCUACGAUUGGCAUCCUGAUCACGACCAUAGCCUCUAAAGGGGAGCUGCAGACCUGGCCGGAACUCCUGCCUCAGCUCUGUAAUCUGCUCAACUCAGAGGACUAUAACACCUGCGAGGGUUCUUUCGGAGCGUUGCAGAAGAUCUGUGAGGACUCCUCAGAGUUGCUGGAUAGUGAUGCUCUGAACAGACCCCUCAACAUCAUGAUCCCAAAAUUCCUACAGUUUUUCAAGCACUGCAGCCCCAAGAUCAGGUCCCAUGCUAUAGCGUGUGUGAACCAGUUCAUCAUUGGUCGAGCUCAGGCUCUCAUGGAUAACAUUGACACCUUCAUUGAGAGUCUUUUUGCACUGGCGGGUGAUGAGGACAGUGAAGUGCGCAAGAACGUCUGCAGGGCUUUGGUCAUGCUGCUGGAAGUCCGCAUCGACCGCCUCAUCCCACACAUGCACAGCAUCAUCCAGUACAUGCUGCAGCGGACCCAGGACCCAGAUGAGAACGUGGCUCUGGAGGCCUGCGAGUUCUGGCUGACUUUGGCUGAACAGCCCAUCUGCAAAGAGGCCCUGUCUGGCCACUUGGUCCAACUGAUCCCUAUCCUGGUGAAUGGGAUGAAAUACUCUGAGAUUGACAUUAUUCUUCUAAAGGGUGAUGUUGAAGAGGAUGAGGCAGUUCCAGACAGCGAGCAAGACAUCAAGCCUCGCUUCCACAAGUCCCGCACCGUCACCCUGCAGCAUGAAGGAGGGGAGGGCGAGGAGGGGGAGGACAUUGAUGAAGACGAAGAUGACGACGACGAUACGCUGUCUGACUGGAACCUACGGAAGUGUUCGGCCGCGGCUCUGGACGUUCUUGCCAAUGUGUUUCGUGAGGAGCUGCUGCCCCAUCUCCUGCCCCUGCUCAAAGGACUGCUUUUCCACCCUGACUGGGUCAUCAAGGAGUCUGGCAUCCUCGUGCUGGGAGCCAUCGCUGAGGGCUGUAUGCAAGGCAUGGUACCGUACUUGCCUGAGCUCAUCCCCCACCUCAUCCAGUGUUUGUGCGACAAAAAGGCCCUGGUGCGCUCUAUCGCCUGCUGGACACUCAGCCGUUACGCCCACUGGGUGGUCAGCCAGCCUCCUGACGCUCACCUCAAACCCCUCAUGACUGAGUUGCUCAAACGCAUUCUGGACGGCAAUAAGAGGGUACAGGAAGCAGCAUGCAGUGCAUUUGCCACCCUGGAAGAGGAGGCGUGUACAGAGCUGGUGCCUUACCUGAGCUUCAUCCUGGACACGCUGGUUUUUGCUUUUGGGAAGUACCAACACAAGAACUUGCUCAUCCUCUACGAUGCUAUAGGAACACUGGCGGACUCUGUGGGGCACCAUCUCAACCAGCCUGAGUACAUACAGAAACUGAUGCCUCCGCUGAUAGCCAAGUGGAAUGAGCUGAAGGACGAAGACAAAGAUCUCUUCCCUCUGCUUGAGUGUCUGUCGUCUGUUGCCACGGCGCUGCAGAGUGGCUUCCUCCCCUAUUGCGAGCCCGUCUAUCAACGCUGUGUCACCCUGGUUCAGAAGACACUGGCUCAGGCCAUGAUGUACAGUCAGCAGCCAGACCAGUAUGAAGCACCCGACAAGGACUUCAUGAUCGUGGCUCUGGAUCUUUUAAGUGGCUUAGCUGAGGGACUGGGGGGCCACGUGGACACACUUGUGGCCCGCAGUAACAUCAUGACGCUGCUUUUCCAGUGCAUGCAGUCCCAGGAUACGAUGCCUGAAGUAAGACAGAGUUCGUUUGCUCUACUGGGCGACUUGACCAAGGCUUGCUUCCCUCAUGUCAAACCGUGUAUUGCUGAAUUCAUGCCAAUCCUCGGGACAAAUCUGAACCCUGAGUUCAUCUCUGUCUGCAACAAUGCUACCUGGGCCAUAGGAGAGAUCUGUAUGCAGAUGGGAGUGGAGAUGCAGCCGUACAUCGCUAUGGUUCUGAACCAGCUGGUUGAGAUUAUUAAUCGACCCAACACCCCCAAGACCCUGCUGGAGAACACUGCAAUCACCAUUGGUCGGCUGGGCUAUGUGUGUCCUCAGGAGGUCGCGCCCAUGCUGCCACAGUUCAUUCGACCCUGGUGUACGUCUCUGCGAAACAUCCGAGACAACGAGGAGAAAGACUCUGCCUUCCGUGGGAUUUGCAUGAUGAUCGGUGUGAACCCAGGGGGUGUGGUGCAGGACUUCAUCUUCUUCUGUGAUGCAGUGGCCUCCUGGGUGAAUCCUAAAGACGAUUUGAGAGACAUGUUCUACAAGAUCCUGCACGGUUUUAAGGAGCAGGUUGGGGAGGAGAACUGGCAGCAGUUUUCAGAGCAGUUUCCCCCACUGCUGAAGGAGAGACUGGCAGCCUGCUACGGCGUUUAGAUUCUCUACACCCACCCAACAGGUGAGCCAGCAGGAGGAGGGUGAAUGGGAAACUCAUCCAUCUGUGUAUUGCACUGCCCUGAUCUGGGGGGAGGGAGAGGGACGCUAUUGGCCGCUCCCCCUGACGGACGGCCCCCACGCCCUAUGUGUUUGUCCAUAGAGGGAGGGUGGGCGGGUGGGAGGGUGGGACAGAGGGACACCUCUAGAUUAACUAGGCAGGGACCCGACACAGAAAAACUAACUGGUAGGGACAGAUAGAGAGGGACAGAGAGAAGGACAUGGAGGAGAGACAGAGGGGAUAGACAAGUUGGGACGGAGGGAGACCAGCAAGAGAGAAAGUUCAGGGAAAGAGAGGGAGGGAUAUCAGUAACAAAGCAGGGAAAAGAGCCACAGAAAGGUCUGUUACUGGGAGGACAGGGAAAGUAGAGAUUUUUAACGGGAUUCUUAAACUCAUGAUAGCUUGACCGACAGAGACAGACCAACACAGACUCACACACAUACACUUGCACACGCUGCACACGCAGUACAUGGAACUGACUGUGGGCGGCACUAUUAUUUAGACUUUUUUGAGACCUACUACAUGUAGUUAGGGACAGACAGACAGGGGUCUAAACUCUGUUCAUUUUCUGGGUGAUACUCUUUCUUUUCCGGGGGAAUAGGAUUCAAUAAGAAUUACUUCAUCUGUAGUCACUGAAUUCUACUUAGCUGUAAGAUAAUCUUGCUAUCCGCAUCUGUGUUUCCUAUCCUUUUUCUUUCAUUUCGAACCAGAGUGCUGCUUCACAGAGCUAUCCAUCUAUCAGACAUAUUCCUGUCACAUUUUCUACCUGAUCAAAACAGAGAGAGAAAUAAGAGCAAGUGUCUUUCCUCGUGGCUUCACAGAAACCAUUCCUCUAGGAGGGGAGGAUUAGGGCUAACACAUUUGUUUUCUCACCAGAGGGGAGAAAAUCGUAGAAAGAAAAAAAAAUCACAUCCUUAGUUGUCCUCUUUGAGGUUUUGUGUGUGUGUGUGUGUGUGUGUGUGUGUGUGUGUGUGUGUGUGUGUAUGUAUGUAAAUGUGUGCGAGUGUGUGCAUGUGCAGUUUAUAAAUCCUCACUUUGGCAUUCUGUGUUAACAGUGUGUGAAAUAUGUAUUGUUUUUGAUAUGGUACCGAGCUAAAACUUGACUCCCACCGCAAUGUCCUUGGCACCUGUUAACUGUGACCAAGUGUUUGUGUUUGUGUGUGUGUAUGUGUGUGUUGCAAAAGAGUGAGCGUGUGUAUAUGUUUAUGUCUACAUUCGUACUGAUAUCCAUUUGAUGCCAUAUUGAUAUCUUAAGUAAAACAGUGAUUGGCAAUGUCAUUGUGAUCUUUAUAAUGUUUUAAAAAUGGUCCAUAUUCUUUUUUUUUUUGUUGUUGUUUUUUUUUUGUUUUGUUUUGCUGCUACUGAUAAUUUUUGUUUCUAUAGUGGAUUUAAAUUCGCACAAUAACGCAAAAAUAUUUGAAUUAAUGCUAUUUUCAGUGACUGUUGUUUUUGCACUUUUUAUUUUAUUUUAUUUUACCUUUUUUCUUUUUUUUUGUAUGGACUUUUUUUUUUUUUAACCUCACCCAUAUGAUAUGUCUUGACCCUAAUGUCAGUGUUUGUCAUACUGUGUUGCACUGUGAAAUUAAGUGUCUUUGACUGGCAAAAAUAUUCCAAUACUAAAUGGCAAAUAAAAACAACUUUGUGAAACUGGGACUAAUCCGCACUUUUACAAUGACUAACUUUGCCAUAUUGCUGAGGUGUGUGUGUACGUGUGUGAGAUCCCGCAUGUGUGUGUGAGAUCCUGCAUGAGUAGGUGCGCAUGAGAACCCUUUAUAUUUUUUGGCGUAUGAGCAUGUGAUAGCUAGAUGGCGUUCAUAUGAUGUGUGCACAGUAAAGGGGUGCAAACCAAGUGUUGUUUGGAAGGGUGUGUAGCCUGCCCCCCCAGCCUACUUUGUGUGCAUGCUUUGUGUCUGCGUUUUCACUGCGUGUGUGCGCGCGAAUGUUUGUAUGUGUGUGUUGACGUAUAUUUUGGAGUAAUAUGAUUGCCCUUUACACACCAACACACCACCUCAAUUCACGAGAGGAGAGCACAAUAUACUUCAAAAAGAGAAGAGCUAGGACACUGCCAAAGAGCAAUAGCCACUGAAAUUUAAAGAACAAAGUAGAUAAGCACUGCUAUUUCAAUAUUCAAUACAUGCGUAAUGAUAUAAAAGUACAGGCAAUGAAGGGCUUUUCAAAUUAAUAACGGAAUAAGAUUUUGCCAGCAAAAUUGACUACAGGGAUCUCUAUUUUUUUCAUUGACAUUCUGUGUUUUCCAGCGUGCAGACAUUUGGAAACAGUCAGACGUUGGCACUUGAUUUGACCUCGACUGUGACCACUGAGAUAAUCAAAUCAAUCAUUAAUCACGUCAAACACAAGACAAUCUGAACCCCAGUCUAGUUCUAUUUCCACAGUCUCCUAGUUCGAAGCUUGUACGAGAAAAAUGUAUUUGGUUGCUCGUUAAUUUCAGUGUUUGUUUUUUUUUUAAUUAUUUGUGUAACUGAUGCUUUUAGUUUCACAGACAGUGUUUGUAUCUGACAGAUCAGUGUACAUUUUUCUUUGGAUGAUACUGUAGUCGCCUGCUUCAGUGACAGAUUUAUGAAUGCAACCAGUUUGAAGGAGAGGAGUGGUGUGACAGCUUUUUGAAUACGUGCAAGACGAUGGGAACAAAGGAGGCAUGAAAGGAGAUGAAGGAGGAAUGAUUUUUUUUUUUUCUAAAUUCUGUUUAUAUAAUAACGAGCAUGAUAAUGUUGCAGUUCGGCUGACAGACUUUGGUACCUUUUGUUUUCCUGUGGGCUACUUUCGCCAGUCAUGUUCCCUUUUUUUGAAGGUGGGAAUGGAAAUAAAAUGCUUUCUUUUAUAUGAUUUAUAGUUUAUGUGUGUAAAAUCUCUGGAUUUUUGAAAUAAAUCAUGUCGUGCAUGCUGAAGGCCGGA